UGUAGGCUUGUAUGGCGUGUUGCUUCCUCAAUUCUUUCCAUCCUCCUCCCCCUCUACUAAAGGUAAACAGAAAACAAUCAUCACAAGAAAAAGGGAGGCGUUGGACAUUGUUUAAAAUUAUAUGACAGAGCCAAGAAGCUGGGUUUUGAAGGUGAAGCUCAUUUCGCAUGCAUGAUUGCCGGCUCACAGUCUUUGCAGACAACGGAGGCAGCCACACACUGCACUCCAGAACAGAGUCGACCCCGUCGCCCUCCAACAACACUGGGAACGGACACCCAGAGUAUAUCGCGUAUGCGCUCGUGCCUGUGUUCUUCAUCAUGGGCCUCUUUGGCUUCCUCAUCUGCCACCUGCUUAACAAGAAAGGCUAUCGCUGCACAACGGAAGCUGAGCAAGACAUCGAAGAGGAAAAGGUUGAAAAGAUAGAAUUGAACGAUAGUAUAAAUGAAAAUAGUGACACUGUUGGCCAAAUUGUCCAUUACAUCAUGAAAAAUGAAGCAAAUGCUGAUGUCUUACAGGCAAUGGUAGCAGAUAAUAGCGUGUGUGAUCCUGAAAGCCCCGUGACCCCCAGCACUCCCGGGAGCCCGCCCGUGAGUCCUGGGCCUUUGUCCCCAGGGGGGACUCCAGGGAAGCACGUGUGUGGCCACCAUCUGCACACUGUAGGUGGUGUGGUCGAGAGGGACGUGUGUCACCGGUGCAGGCACAAGCGGUGGCACUUCACAAAGCCCACCACCAAGUCCAGAGAGGGCCGCUCAAGGCGUCAAGGAGAGGUCACCGUCCUCUCUGUCGGCAGGUUUAGGGUUACGAAAGUGGAACACAAGUCACACCAGAAGGAGCGGAGAAGUUUGAUGUCUGCUGGCGGAACCGAAAGCAUCAACGGGGAGGUGCCGGCAACGCCUGUGAAGAGAGAACCGAGUGGCACAGAGUAGCAGCAGUGACUGUAUUUGAAGAGUUCUAAGAGACUGAAAACUUAGAAGACAUGAAGUUGCCUAGGGAAUAUUUUUAUACAUUUGAUACAGUGUCUAUCAUGGAAUCAGCAGGCAUGCGGAUACAACCUAAAAGUGAAUAUUAUUACUAUGCUGGAUAUAGAAUUCAGUUUGCUUUGAAAGACGUUUUGGUUUAAAAAGUCUGAUGAAAAAUUUAUUACAUUACCAGGGAAGGAAAAACUCAUUUUUUAUCUUCCCCACCACGCUUAGCUACCUGCCACUCCCCAGCCCCUGCCCUGGCCUUGGUGUCCACACUGCAGUUUUCCCGUUGUCAUCACUGUGGACAGUUUACCUGUUCCUGUACGGUGUGAGCUUAUGCUCAUGGGGUGUGUGUGUGUGUGUGUGUGUGUGUGUGUUUCUGUUCCCCAGUUCUUACAUCCCAUUUUGAUACUGGUUGUAAAAAGAUUGUCAUAAAUACAGUUUAGCUGUUAUAAAGGAUAAAAGAUGAACUUUCAGUGGUCAAAGGUCCUUGGAAAUAACCUAGUCCAGCCCUGAGAAACUGAUCCCCCCGGAGACUGUGGAGUCAGACGGGACCAGAUGCUGGAUUUUGGAUUCCUAGACCAAGAAUUCAGCAUCAGCUCCAGCUGUCAUGCCACUCCUAGGUCACGUCUAAAAUAUCGAGAGUUUUCUUUUUUUUUAGCUUGAGCUAAACAAUUCUUGUUUAGUUCACUGAUUAAAGGGGGAAAAUGGCUUAAAGUCACUAAAAAAAAAAAUAUUCUUGUUUUGACAACCCAAGGACAAAACACAAGAACCUACCUCUGGCAUGUUUUUCUUGGUGUACUUCCUGUUUUCCAUCUUAUAACUACUGCUCAUUAUUUAAAAGACUCUUAGUAGUUACUUUCCCUUUAGGCCUGGAAAACUCUAUUUCUUUUUUUAACUUUACAUUUUACAAAACACCUGAAAAAACCCAGAGGCAAAUAUAGUAAUUUAUUGUUGAUGGUGGGUCCCGUGAGCGCUGGGGAAGUCCUGGUACAGGGAAAUCUCCGAGACCCAUCUCCAUGUCAGUGUUGGGAGGUGCCUGGGGCACUUCUUUCAUUUCAAAGAGAAAAAGCACAUUUCUCAUUUGGCUUCCAAAAGAUGAUUUCCAUCAAAACAUACUUCAAAGUAUUUACUGUAAAUAUACUUAUUUGAUUCAGUUUCUGGCACCAAACUAAAAAUUUCUAACCUUUUAAAUGACUGGUGAAUUCAAUUUCAUGUGACUUUUUACUGACAACUUAUAAAUGGUAUAUGUGUAUACAUUCACAUACACAGUGGAAUAGAAGUCAGUGUGGAAAUCAAUUUCACUGAGGUCCAGAAAGUAGUAAGAGAGGGAUUUUAGGGGUGUAUAUUAGUGUAAAUAAUACAUGUGCAGUCUAGGCCAAUAGUUUUAAUAAAAAACAAACACGCAUAAUUUUUUGCUUUUAAAAUAUUAUGCCCUCAAAAUGGUGAGGGAUAAAAUGUAAGAUAUUCUUGAGCUUUAAACAUUUCUUAAUUUUAUUCAAGUCUGAGCACUUUUUUUAUAGCAAUACAACAGGCAAGAGAAUACUCAAAAAUAUUUAAAAUUGUAUUUAUACCAAGAGUACGUUUUAAGUAUUUUCUAAUACUUGAGCAGUUUUUGUCUGGCUGGCCUCCGAAUAUGCCAAAAGUUAAGCAUUCAUAUUUUCAACACAUAAGCUUUUUACUGGUUUAUACUUUGCUAUCAGAUGAGAAUUCAUAACUGUUCCCAGAGCAACUGAUGUUUACAGAUCUUGUGUUUUUCCUCCUCCUCUAUGAGGAUUGGGAUCCACAAUAAACCUUACAUAAAACACUAAUGAUGAACGGCUUUUUGUGUCAUAAAUGAGUUGGCUUACCACCCUGAUGUAAAAGUUUGUAAAGGAAAUUUUUCACCAUUUUGAGUGUCAAAUGUAUUUUUAACUGUCUGGUUUGUACUUUUAUGACUUUUGUACUACCAAAGCAGAGUUAAAAAAUAAAAAUGUUAAAGAGUG